CCACUCUGUUGUUUAGUGUAACUACGCUUGUUCGGAUUGUGGGAAUGCUCUGAAACAUUGACCUCCGCAACCAUGGCAUUGGCAUUGCACUGCCAGUGCAUGGCAGAUUGCAGAGGGAACCUUCACAGCUCCUCUUUGUGGCGCCCCUGUUCACCAGCCGGGUGCGCAGCUCACCUUGCGCUGACAUUGAGAAAGACUUCAUUUGGCUAGGGAAAGGGACGUUGCAGCCAUGGCCGGCAUCCAGGCAAAGGUCGAUUCUAUGCAAGUCCGCCAGGACACAAAUGUCUACGUGAACACCUGGCACACGACGCUUAUAAAGGCCAUCGCCAAUGACUGCCCCUAUUGCUGCUUCUCCGUCUUCUGCCCUUACUGCGUCUCCUACCUUCUCCGAAAGAGGACGCUAUACAAUGACAUGUCCAGAUACACCUGCUGUGGAGGCUUCAUGCCGUGCAGCGGGAAAUGCAAGGAGAAGGACUGCCCAGAGUUCUGUCUCUGCUUGGAGGUUGUGUGCUGCUUUGCGUCCUCGGUCGCCUCCACCCGUUUCCUGCUCCAAGACGAGUUCCGCAUCCAAACCACGGCGUGCGACAACUGCAUCAUCGCUACGAUGUUCUUCCUGCAGUACCUGGCGUGCCUGUGCCAGAUUGCAGCGUGCCUGCUCGGCAGCGAAGACCUGCAGGAGCUCGCCAACUGCAUCAGCUGGAUCUCCGACCUCGUGUACUGCUCCGUCUGCGCCUGCAUGCAGACUCAGCACAAGGUUGAGCUCGACAAGCGCGAUGGCAAGUUCGCUGCCCAGGGCAUCCAGCCCCUUCGCGCCCCUCAGGUGCAGGAGAUGAACCGCUACCAGACUGGACCCCCCGGUUAUCCUCAAGGAGGGCCGCCCGGUUAUGGAGGCGCCCCCCCGCCCUAUGCUGGAGCCCCCGGCUAUGGUGGCGCUCCUCCCGGUUACCCCCCCCAGUACGGACCCCCGGGUGGUUACACGACAGCACCCCCCCCUCAAGCGAUGCAAUAUGGCGCCCCACCACCCGGCUAUCCUCAAGCUCAACAAUUCUCAGGGGCGCCCGCUUACACUGGCGCUCCGUACAAGUAACAUCAGGCGGUCAUCAGCACAUGGCGUUUCUUGAACUGGGGGACCGCAUGUUGGUUACAGUCAAAGAGUCGUCCGAGAGAGUAGGGUAGGGUUGACGGUCAAGUGUUUCGGGGGUUGGUCAGCGUUGAGGUCAAGUGCACUGCUACGACAGUUUGUCUAAAGAUGUUCAUUGGUCAAUUCGUAUGUGCGUUCUGCAAUAAUGUGUACAAGCGCAAAGUAGUUGGGUAACAGCAAGAAGCGUCUUAUAAAACCAGAGGAAACUUUAGUCUGUCAUCGUUCAAGUCGCCACCAUGAGAAUCUCUCUUACGAUUGUUAAAACAGCUACUUCAGGCCUCUCGCCACCAGAAGUACGUUGUCUGGCAGCCUGCAAUGAAAUCAUUCGGCCAGGUGGUCGACUGGCUGGGCGGAUCUGUGGAGGCAGAUGAUCAGCCUGGCUGUACUAUCACAAGCCUUCCAUCAGUGUGCCAUGGCACACGGUGACCGCAAGCCUUAUGUAACAAGUUCAACUCAUGAG